AUGGACAGUCAUUUAGGUGCCACUGAGUUCUGCCUUCUAGGCUUCCCUGCAUCCCAUGAACUCCAUCAAGCUCUUUUCACUUGGUUCCUGUUCUUCUAUUCAGUGACAUUAAUGGGUAGCAGAGUCAUCAUCAUCAUUGUCUGUGUUGAUCAUCACCUGAAUUUCUUGUAUGUUUUCCUCAGCAACCUCUCUGUCCUGGAGAUCCUUGUCAAAACCAUAAUCAUCCCUGUGAUGCUGUGGGGAUUGCUGCUCCCUGGCACAUAGACAAUAUCUUUGGCUGUAUGUAUUGUCCAGCUCUUCCUCUACCUUUUUUGGGGGACCACAGAGUUCAGACUACUUGGAGCAAUGACCGAAAAGUGUUGUGUGUCUAUCUGUAACUCCUUGAGAAACUACAUAAUUAUUAACAGCUGUAGCUGCAUCUGGGCGGUCAUUGCAUCAUGGACAUUUGGGUUUCUCUCUGGAUUCUGGUCAGUCUAUGCCACAUUUCAAUUUACCUUCUGCAAAUCAAAUCUGUUAGACCACUUUUACUAUGAUCGGGGACAGUUACUCAAACUAUCCUGUGAUGACACUCUUUUUACAGAGUUUAUUGUUUUCUUAAGGGCUGUUUCCAUUAUCAUUGAUUGUGUGAUCACUGUCUCCUACACCUAUAUCACUCCCACCAUCCUCAAGAUCACCUGAGCCUCUGGCCAGAAGAAAGCCUUCUCCACGUGUGCCUCCCACUUCACCUUUGUUGUGAUUGGCUACGACACUUGCUUGUUUCUUUACGUGAAACCCUAGCAAACACAGGCAGCUGAUUACAACAGGAUAGUAUCACUGCUGGUUUCCAUGGUGAUCCCUUUCCUGAACCCUUUCAUCUUUACUCUCAGGAGUGACAAGGUCAAAGAGGCCAUUGAUAUGGGAGUGGGAUGUUGCUGUCAACUCCUAAGAGAUAAGCAUUUCUGCAUCAGUUUUGGUGGUGUGGUUCUCACUGUGGAUUAUUCAGCAAGUGAGAAAAUCCUCAUUCCUCUCUUGCAUUAUCACUGCAAAAAUUAAAUCGUAUGCCCAAGUUCCAAUUACAGCAGCCCAGCGGAUACUGAAAUUCUCUGCCCACUGGAGUCUCUUAACCUUAGUUUCUGCUUGUUUCCAUUGUUGAACCCAAGGAGGCAUAUUCUUAGGAUGUGGAAGGUACUAGUAAAAGAAAACACAUACAUGUUUAUAAGAGUUCUGUUAGCCCAAUUAAUUUGUUUACGGUCUUGCGCUGAACCUGUAUUUCCUGGGAGAAGAGAGGAAGUGAGUUUCCACAUCAGAGAAUAGGUAGAGAUGAGCGCUGGUCCUUCAUUAACUGUUGCUUGCUUGUAUGCUGUGUGCAGUUUUUUAAAGA